AUGAAUGAGUGUGAUCAAAGUCUAAAGCCAGAAGAUACUGCGUUGUGUCAACGUAUACUCAGUCAUGUCAACUUCACAAUCAAUCAGAUACUCUCCGCCUAUCCACUUUACAACACAUCAUCAAAUACAACAACUACAACAACAACUACAAGGACAACUUAUGUAAUAGGUGUUAUAAAGGGCAAGGUAUUAUUAGAGAAUGGUGACCUUGGACAGUUUCUAAAGUAUCAUGCUACUCAAUAUUACAUCAAUGAGUAUGAUCGUGUAUCGGCCACCCAUCCCUACCCGCCCAACAACACAUUGCUAGCACAAGCAAUCUGGUACAACAAUCCACAAGUGUUUGAUCAUCUACUGCGCAAUGUCAACAUGUCGCUACCAGCACAAACACAGACAGACCAAUCCAAUAUUAAUAAGAGUUACUCAGACUUGAUCACCAAGCUGGUCAAGAUUGGCAACCUACACAUGCUCCAGUCCUACUUGAGUAUGACCGCGCAUAGUAUGAUCACCGGCAUCACUGGUGAACACCUGCUGAUGGCCAUCAACCAUGACAACGAAGACUUUGUCCGACUGCUUCUCCAACAUACAAUAGUGAAUGAGAGUAACAAUGGUCAAGCCCCCAGACAAGCCUUUGCCUUGACCCUGCCUGGCAUCAGCCUCAGCAUGCUCCGACUCGUCCACCAGGAGUUUGGCCACAAUCUCAACGAUCAAUAUGUGUGGCAUGCCGUCGUCAAGCAGUGUGUUCUCUUCAACAAUGCCGAAAGUGUCAAGUACCUCUUUGAUCGGAUCCCUGCAUCUUUUACUGCGGGCCUAGAAUUUGCAAAGUUGUUGAAUGAUUACCUCAUCCUAUGUGUGAGCUCGGGCCACAUCGACACGUUCAAGGUGCUCGUCCCUCACUUGAAGUCGAUAAACUUUAGGGUCAACUUUGCUGUCCUUGCUGCCAACGGUCAUGCUGAGUUUGCCAAGUUCAUCAUGGCUCAACAUCGCAAUUUGGCCAGUCUCACCUCACUCUUCAUCCCCGACUCACUGCUGCAGGCUGCGCUGGUUGGUGGACAUCUCAACAUGGUCGAGUUGCUGCUCGAUGUGAUGACAGGCAAGGAGUUCAAUAUACCCAUACAAGUGGUGACCGACAUCCAUGAGAGCAUUGUGUCCGAGUCGCUGAUCACUAGACUCGACAACCAUCAGAAUGUGAAGUCACUCAUCGACCUGGCCGAGUUCAAGGCCAAUGGAAUGAUUGUGACGCCCCGAUCACUCAUCAACAAACUGUUUGACGCGAUUGAACGCAACGACCUCCAGGCCGCCAGGCUCGUCCUGCCACGUUGCAACAAGCUUCCACUGAAGAGCGGUGAUAUAAAGGAUGACUACGCCGAGUUGUGGACGAGCAUGUCCGUCGAGAUGGGCAUGCUCAUUGGCAGCCAGACACACAAGCCGCUGCUGCUACAUAGACGUGACCUCUCCUACAUGAUCCAAGCCAUCCAAAACCAGGACUACAAGAUGACCGAGGCUGUCGUGUCGACGUUCAUCGCCAACAAUCACUUUGAUUUGGGCUUCGAGGUCCAGGGCAACUUCAAACCAUACAUGAGCGCGGGGGGCGUGUCGCUGGCGUUCAUGAAGCAAUUGAAUCAAACGUACUACCUGGAACAUCUCUUGAAUGCGAUCAGACGAGACUGUGUCGAGAACAUCAUAUAUCUCGCCAAGAAAGUCAAACCAAAGAAUGGUGAGGAUAAAAAAGUCAUUGGCUUUGCAGUCCAACAGGCGCUAUACAGUGGCACACUGGAGACUAUUCAAGCAAUUGCCAAACACAUGAAGGCAGACAAGUCCUCAAAGAAGCAGUCAUUCGCCUAUGACCUCGACACCUGGCAGAACACAGAACAAGCGAUUAGGAACCCGGAUCACAGGGUGUUUGAAUUGAUCUUUGACUCACUCGACUACAGCAGAUCAUUCUACUUUGACAAGUUCUUCAUUUCGGCGUGCCGUGGUGACAAGCCUUUGGUGCUCAAGAAAUUGCUAGAGGUUGGAUAUACACUCACACUGCAGGCCUACGAGUUGGCGGCAUCAUUCAACUCUCACCUAAUCAUGGCGUAUCUCCUGGCGAACUGGCCGGCACACCUCUCCACCAACGUCCAGCCCAUCAAGGAGCUCAACAAGCCAGACAAGAAGAGAAAGUUAUCAGGUACGUUGGACGUUGAUAUGGUGGAUGCGACGACCGCACCACGUUUGACAACACUGUUCCAUACUUUGUUCAGAGACAGAAGAUUGGGCAUGAUCGUGUUGGGACAAGUUGGAUACAUCUACAAGAGACUUGGUGCAAAGGAUGGCCAAUUGAUCAAGGGCAAACAGUUGUUGGCCAGAGACACGCUGACCACCUACAUCAACUAUGGCGCAGUCGAUUGGUUCCACAAGGCCUACAGACCACUGGCCAACACCUAUCCGAUCAACUCCCAGCUGCUCAAGAUUGCCAUCAUCUCUGCCAACCGACUCAUUCUGGAUACUCUCAUCGACAACCCCAAGAUGACGCUCGAGUCACUCGAUACCAAUCAUUUGGCCUUCCUCGAGAAGUUCCUCAAACGUCAUACAGAUUGCACACAGCCUGAUUGGGAGUACAGUUUUGAUGUGUUGCUGGCCAACAUUGGUCGAGCAAAUCUUCCAAAGUACACAGUCGAAACUCUCCAUAUUCGCAUCCAUCAUCCAGCGCUCAUGCGCAAGUUCUUGGCAAUGAGUGAUCUCCCUCUGCAUCCCUCGGACUUUAUCAACGACAUCCUACAUAGCCAUGAUGCUGGUGGCAAUGCUGAUGCUGAUGCUGGCAAUGGCAUUGGUCAGGAGCCUUUGACCAUCCCCUUCUUUGGUCAGAACAUCAAGAUACCCGAGGGUCCAUUGACCAAUGAUACGAUGUUCGAGGUGUCCAAGGAAACACACGACUUGUUGAUGAAGCUCCAGAACCAGUCAUUGGGCGACAUGUACACAUUCAUGCAAAGCCAGCCGGACCUGAUGGCGCAAAGCUUCAACAUGAUUCAGCAACUGUCACAGGCCCAAUCCAAAUCAAAUCAACAACUCGAGCGCUUCUGCAUGUCUGGUUACACGGCCAAGGUCGAUGAGAUACUCGCCAAGACACACGCCAGCAAGCUGUCGCCCGACUCCUUGCUGCGCGCAUAUCGAGCAGCGGCAAUCAAUGGACGUCUGGAUAUUGUCAAGAAGUUGUUCGCCGUAAUCACACCGUUGGAUUGGGCCGAAGACUUUAACCCAUGCCAAUCAAUCGAGUGCGUGUUGGAGAAUGGAUAUUUGGAUGUGGCAACAUUCAUGCUCGAUCAACCUGUCGUUGCAGAUGAUGAAGACGAAGACAAUGAAGAUGACGACAAUGACGACCCAGUGAUCAUGGACAUACAUCCAAGUAUAUUGACCAUUGGUUUGUUGCGUCGAUUGGUCGCCCAUCCAAGGUUGAACUGCCUAUUCGCAAAGGUAUUAGCAGGUGCCAUACUCAAUCGCGACAAGACCGUCAUCAACUAUUUGGAGUUCAAUGAACAAGGAGUGUUUGGCACUGACUACUGCGCUGCCCUCGGUGCCGCUGCCUCCAUUGGUGAUGUGAUGACUGCCAACAUGAUCCUGGGUGGUCACCCCACGGUCUGCCUUCCACUCGAAUAUAUCGAUGACCCGGUUAAGCCUGCCGAGUUGCACCAGUUGCACCUCAUGUAUGACGAUUAUGACACAUCUGAAUCUGAUGAGUAUGAAGGCAAUCAAAUUGAUCUGGAACAGGAGGAUCAAGACAGGGUGAAGAGGCAUGCUCGCUACGCCAGUGUUUGGGCACGUGCCCAUCCUGAUGUAUGCAUGGCCAUCGCUGCACGAGUUGGAACGGGCAACAUGGAGUUUGGAGUCAAGUACCUCUGCCGCAUCAUUGAGUCACACUACCUGCCCGAGACCAAGAUGAGCGAGAAAGUGGUCCGCGCAUUCAUCCAGAACUGGCUGUCGAUCGGACAGACUGAUCAGAGCAUCAUCAACGUUAUCAAGUGUGCCGCAACACACUCACACUCGAUGGUCAGGUUGGUGCAGGACAUCUUCAAGACGCCACAACAGCAACUGUUGUUCACUCAAGCCAUUCCCGAGUGCGCCAAGCGUGCCGAUGCCGAAUCAAUCAAGUUCAUUCUCGAUGUUGCCAGAGCAGCAUCGACAGCGACCAACACGCCACUCAAUCUAGACAAGCUGGCCAGCGAGUUGGGUACCAUCACCAACGUCCACGUGCUGGCCGUUCUAAUAGAGUAUGAUAUCAUCAAGCAGACACAGAAGAUCAACUUCCUCAUUCUCCGUUUGUUGGACAAUGCCUGUGCCACUGGUCAUGUAGACACGAUCAGAUUCAUCGACCAACGAUUCAACAAACGACUAGAGUCACCAACAUCGAUUGGACAGCAUCAGUGGCAGCUCGUGCCAUCACUUCAAGCAAUAGUCUCAGCUGCAAUGACGAAUCAUUAUGAUGUGAUAGUGCAUCUCUUCUCAAGCCCUGCUAGCGAGAGUACAGCGUCGUCCUCAUUCUGGAGCACAAUGUCACAACAUCCAGCACAGGCCAUCAGAUUGCUUGUACAGCUUAGAGACGCUGCAUUCGUUGAUGGUCACAUCAAGUUGAUCUCAUGGAUCACCAAUCGCAUUAAGCAGUUGGAGUGA